AUGCCAGACAAGGGAGAGCAUUCAGGCAAAGAUAACGUAGACCAUAAUGGAGAAGAUUUCCUGCCAAAGGAAAGUAUACAGCAGAAAGAUAUUGAGAAGAUAUUGGGUACCAGUCCACAUGAGGUUCUAGAGGUGAGCUCUAAUACAGAGCCCAACGAGGUUUCAAAUUAUUUAGGCCCAAAACAUAUUGCCAAAGCCCAAGAAAUGCAAUGCGAAGUUCAUGAGAACCUGGAGAGUCGGGCAAAGGCAAUCAAUCUCACUAAUCAACAGUUAAGGGAGUUGGAUGAAGGACAAGGACUACGUAUUUCUUCAGGAGUUCAAGAACCAUCAGUACUGGCUCAUAUCCUCUGGACUCUUCGUUGA